AUGGACUCUCCAAUCGUGGCACAACUGUUUCGACAGCUAUUCCGACAUAAAAAUUGUCAGGUUUUUCCAUCUCGUUCUUCGAUAUCUGCUCGAACCUGGAAUGGGCAGGGUACUCAGUUGAGAUGUUCGUCGAGCACGAGUAGGAGGGGCAGAGGAGUGAGGGAGACAAGUACAAAUGAAAGCCAUUGGCAGCAGAGAACGGAUUUAUUUCCGGUUGAUAUGAUGGAUGAAUUCAACAAAUAUCCGAUGGUUACAGCAGAUCAGUUGAGAGGGAGGAGAGAGAGACCUAGGCGUGUAAAGAUGCUCACGCGCGAUUUCAUCGAAGAUAGUUUAUACAAUCCUUCUUAUGGCUACUUCUCCAAACAAGUCGUAAUCUUUACCCCUGGCGAACCCUUUGACUUCAACUCCCUCGAAGACGAGCCCGCCUUCCACCGUCUUCUAGGCCAACGGUACACCGAGUUUGAGGACGAGUUGGAUCUGAAAUCUCCCAAUGAGACCCGUCAGCUAUGGCACACGCCGACAGAGCUCUUCCGACCUUACUAUGGUGAAGCUAUAGCCCGGUAUUUGGUCAACAACUACAAGAUAUCGCAAUACCCCUACCACGACCUCAUCAUCUACGAAAUGGGUGCUGGAAACGGAACUCUUAUGCUCAACAUCCUCGAUUACAUCCGCGCCACAGAACCUGAAGUCUAUGCCCGCACAAAAUUCAAAAUUAUUGAGAUAUCGAGCAAUCUCGCAGAACUACAAAAAUCACACCUCUUACGGAACGCAGAUUCUCGAGGACAUUUCUCCAAGGUUGAAAUCAUCAACAAAUCGGUUUUUGAUUGGAAUCAGAUAGUACCCUCACCAUGUUUCUUCCUCGCCAUGGAAGUAUUCGAUAACUUUGCCCACGACUCCAUUCGAUACGAUCCCAUCUCCGAAGAACCACUUCAGGGCACCGUCUUAAUAUCCAGUACCGGCGAAUUCUACGAAUUCUACACUCCUACGAUCGAUCCAAUCGCAUCUCGAUUCCUUCGCGUACGCCACGCUGCUACAAAUGGAAAAUAUCCGCAUCCACUUCCUCAGAAUAAAUUAAUAAAGACAUUGCAGAACAGCAUGCCAUUCGCUCCGAAUCUUAGUCAGCCAGAAUAUAUACCCACGAGACUCAUGCAGUUCUUCGAUAUUCUGGCAAAGUAUUUCCCGGCGCACAGAUUGGUAACGAGUGAUUUUCAUGCGUUGCCUGAUACAAUCAAGGGAGUCAAUGCACCGGUUGUGCAGACGAGAUAUAAAAGGAGAACUGUUCCAGUUACAACGCCUUUUGUACAUCAAGGAUAUUUUGACAUAUUGUUCCCCACUGAUUUCGCUGUGAUGGAUAAUGUGUAUAGAGCCAUCACAGGGAAAUUCACACAAGUGUUGUCACAUGAAGAAUUUCUGAACCGAUGGGCUUAUGUUGAACAGACGGAGACCAAGAAUGGGGAGAAUCCUCUUUUGACGUGGUAUAAGAAUGCCAGUGUUCUUACCACGUUGAUCACUGUACAAGUGUCCGUGUUCGGGGAGGAAAGAAGAAGCUAUGUGCCCGCCAAGUUCAAAAUGAGGUUGCUCGGGAAUAGGAGUGUUGCCGCGCCAAUGUCGAAGUUUGGAGCAGCUAGAAGAACUCCAUUUCUCUUUUCAAUUUUCUCGUCUGCUCCAAGAAUUCUGCCUGUUCACGACAUUUCAGCUCAACCACCAAGGGUGGAAACCCUUCUGCGAUCGUCUUUCACAAUUCCUCCAUCAGAUCCUCAUGGAUAG